AUGGAUUUAGCAGAAAAAUUCAACUUCAAGAUAGCGUCUGCUAGUGAAGAAUAUAAACUCAGACGUAGAAAGCAGAUGAUUCUCUUUAUGGGAACGUCAGCACUCACGUUAUUUGCAACCAGAUUGGCGUAUAAAUCAUCAGUUGCAAGACAAUACUUACCUACACUUUUCCAGGGGAACCAUCAACCUCCUGCUAGUUAUAGUUUUGUAGCAGAUGCCGCGGUUGCAGUGGGUACAGGAACACUUCUCUGUGGUAGUGUUACCUCGAUGACUGCAUUUGGAGCAUUUUGGAUUUUAGAUGUUUCCAAUUUCAAAGAAUUUGGAUGGAAGAUGAAACUGAUGAUGGGUGGAUAUGAUAGAGAAAGGGAGUUGGCCAAAAUGCCAAUUGAUCAAGAAAGUCGAGAGAUACAAGAAGCCUUAAAUGACAUUUUGGAGGGGAAAUAUGAGGAGUGA